AUGAAAAUAUACGUCACACAGAGGUCAAGUACAUCAUGUCAUGUCUGUAAAAUUUCUGCACGUACAAGGAUAUACAUUACUUUCAAUUCGACUUCCCCUGCGGCUCAGACUCCCUUUUCAUUUACUGUCUCGCUGUGCGUUUGUUGUCCUUCAAGCAAAGCUGCUAAAAGUAAGUGCAUAGAAUUGAUUUUUUCUUAAUUAUUGAGUGUUUUUCUAUUGUUUAUCAAAGUUUAUACCCUUCUACUUUUUCAAAAUACACCACUUCUGUUAUUCCGGGAAUUGUCAGCAAAACUAUUUUCUGCGUUGGUUCAGCUAAAAGAACUUUGCUUUGUGGCAUGCAUUAGGUUUUUUAGUUAAUAACCUGUCUCAGGUUGCUGAAACCAGGGCGAUGAUUUGGCGUAGCUGUGUACCAAAAUGGGUUCAAAUAUAGAUAUCUACCUCUUUUAGCACAACGACGUGUGAUGAAUAUGCGUAUUUUUUUCUUGUCCUUGUCGAGACCGGGGGUCGAGACUAUUGGUUCUAUUGCUGACCCGACAUAUUGCAGCUAGACUGGCUGCCAUAGAAUAAGCACAUGUCCACUGACUGCAUUAGACACCACUGUCGCCUUACCAGACUCACAAACCAACUGACUUUGACUCAUUUCUGUUGUGUUGUAUUAAAUUAAUGACUCAAUUCGAUGCUACCUUGACCCGUCCAUAAGUAUUAAUUUGUGUUAAACAUGCAGACAUUAGUCCCAAAUUUACUCACGUCACGGACCGGCCGGUGAUCUCCUACUGUACCCUCCCGGAAAAAGUUUAUUUGAGAAGCGAAGAUUUUGAAUGUUAAUAUAAUAAUGAAAAUGGGUUUUGUCGACUGUGUUCCCGUACAAUUAUUUUUCUUAAACGGCGUAGCGUACAAGAUUUAACGAUAUGUAUUUUAUUCCCCCACACAUCGUAUGUCAAAUUAGGAUAAUGUUGCAACGGGCAAAAAAAAAACAAUAACCAACGAUGUCUUGAGAAAUAAUCUGUUUAUAUUCUUGACUCGCUAGUAAUAGCAAGGACCCUGAUCCUUGCACGGCCGGGGCUGCAAGAUUCCAAGCUUUAAGCACGUGAUUGCUCAAACGGGACACUUAAUUAAGCCUGUUAAACUCAACCAGUCCCGCCCUUUGAGUUAUUUGAUUAAAAAGCCGAAAUAACGUGUCGUCUAUCUAGUAUCGUUCCCGUAGCUGUUUGUUUAUUCCGAAAAUACAUUACGGCAAACAUUGAAUACAGUAAUUGCUAUAGUUACAAGAGAUGACGUUAUUAGUGACAUGAGAUCGGUACAGUAUCGUAAAUGAUCCCCGACGAAAAACGAUCCUCAGACUGCAAAUGAUCCCCAAAUGGACCGGAAAUGAUCGUGCCGGACCGCAAAUAAUUGCCAUUGUGAUCCAGUGAAAAGUAGAGGAAUGGAAUGGAUUUCGUGCGUAGAACAAAGAAAUGAAUAAAACUAUAAAUACACCGAACUGUUCCUUUUUUUUCUCCUUUCUUCAGUCAAGCAUUCGAUGUUUCGUUGCUGUGAAAAUGUAGGAUAGAGGGGACAUCAAGAAGGAAACUUGCCUUUUAUUUUAACGACUAGGAAUAUGUUGCGUCUAGUGGUAAUCACCCUGUCGGUGCAAGCCUUCAUUUUUUUCGUGCUUUGCUGCUGGAGACAGACAGUUACAAAGAUACAAAAUCAGAAAAUUCAAGUUUUUAUGUUAUUUUAGUGUAACGUUUAAUAAAUGAAAGUGAUAUAGUCAUAAUAAAGCAAAUCAGUUUCGAAACAUUUCAAUUUAAGGCCCUUUUAACUUCUACCCUUUUAUUUACUUCAACAGUGAAUUCCCUGUCUUUGAUAAACCUCAGUAAAAGCCUAAAAAAGGCUCCCCUUUCAGGCAGAGCCUCCAGGUAUAAGCUAUUAUUAAUAGGACUUAUAGGGAGGCCCCUAACGCCCCCCCCCCCCGGCUCCCGGGUGUAAAGCUUCAUUGAAAAGCCGGCGGUUCUCUUAAAUUAAAUUUGACUUCUUAAACUGGUCUCAUGCUUGCUUCUAUUUCUAAAACUAAAGGUGAGAAAAUUUUUUAGGGCUUGAUGAAGACCUGAAUGCACAAUAAAACAGAACUGCACAAGUUUAAAUUUGAUUUCAAGUCGAUUGUCUAGUGAAUAGGUGGCAGUUGUUUGCACGGGUGGUCGUUCUGAUGGUAUAUUUCAGGAACGUUUUGUUGCAAUACAGUACAGAAAACCCGCGACUAAACCUGCAGUUUUCAAAGUUAGCUUAAACAGGUUCUUACAUAAAACUAGACAUUAUGGCAGACAUAAUGUAAUUUAUGGCAAGGCAUGAUACUCACAUGAUAACUCGCUAGGUCAGGCUGUACCAGGUACUGUAAAUCUAGCCAAUUAGGUUAUAGGGCGGUGUCAGGGUUAAGUAGGUACAUCGAGGUAUUUUCCCAGUAAUUCUUCCUUCUCUCCCCUUAAUUUGAUCCCUCGUCAUCAACUCGGUCAGAUCUCGAGCAAAAUCUUUCCCUCCUCCUCCUCCUUCACCUGCCUGCGGGUUAUUAUUGUUCACGGUAUUUCCUAUUUCUUCUUUUUUCCUUUUCUUAAAUAUUUAGUUUUGUACUUUGUGGCGGAUUUUUGUCGCCCCAUUUUUUAUUCAGUAGGUUAAUCGGUUUACAUAUAUCGAUGUGUUGUGAUUCUGUUAGCUUUGAUUUCAUUAAACCUGCCACAACCGUGGCCAGAUUUAUCCAACACAGUUGUUUGUUUAUAUUUUAAUUCUGUUCCUUGUCGGAAAGUACGUAACCGGAAAUGCAAGCAGAGCUCGCGCAGAGUUGGGCCUUGUUUUGAACACAUGCCUUGAUAUAAAUGGUAAUUAGCACAAAUUUAGGCUAUUUAAGUUCUUAAAUAGGUUCUUACAUAUUUUCUUUAAAAGAGAGUAGUUAGUGGUAUUUAGCUUAUUCGCGAACAAAAUCCGGCGUACUAUUUAUACAUUUAACUGUAUAUGGCAGUUGGACGGAGAAUACUUCAAGAGGAUCCUGGAUGCUGACUAAUCAUAUUUGCUCAAUCCGGCUUUUUGUAUUUCUUUUUAUAGAUUUGAGAAAAUAAAAACCUGUUUCAAAAAUAGGUAGUCGAUGACUACAUGUGGCUACUACUGCAGAGUAGAAUGAAAAGUGGACAGGCUGCAUUCCUUUUAUUAACUGAACUAUUAAUAACAUGUACAAGCCCUCAGGAUAACAGACAUUGAAAAUAUCAUAACGUAAACGAUAGUGAAGAUAGAAUUAUGGAUAAAAAAUUCCUGAACAUUCAUUUUUUAAUCAUAACGGUCUAAAACAACAGCAAACAAUGAAGUUUUUUUAACAAAAGGUAUCGCGUUUGAAUCUGCCUCCGAAUGUCUAUGAGGUGUAGAUUCAAGAGACUAGCUGAUCUGUGAAAUUAUGCCUUUUGAACGUUGAGAUAAUAUUGUAAACAACCACAACGAAGAAUAGGUGUCCUGUUUGAAUCUCCUCAAAAUGUGCAUGAGUUGCAUCAUAUUUAAAAGGUCAAGGGACUGAACAAUCCCUAAACAAUGACUUUUGAACCAUAACAGUGCUUAAUACGACAAUAAAUACCACUUCUGAUCAGCUGAAAAUCUCCGCAAAGCUUGAGUGGCGCCGAAAACCGCUUUGGGGAAAAACACUUGAAACGUAAAUUGAGAACUGUAUCUGGUUGUGGGUGCCACAUGGCACAGAAUCAUUAUCAGAGAGAGAUCUCACCUUGAAUAGGUCACCUGCACUAAGAGGUCACGUGACCAAUGCUUCCUUUAAACAAUGAGUUGGAAUCUUGCUGAUGCCAAAAAUUGUUAGAGCACACAAAAAUUCUUACACCCGAAAUUUGAGAGGAAACGCAUUAAAGAGCGGAUGUCAGUAAGUAUCGACCAGAGGUCUACAAAAGUGAAAAAUCGAAAAUUCUCAAAAAAAUUCACAAAGUAGUAUUAGGUAAGCUAUUAACAUAAAUGUAAUUUUUACUUCCAUCCGAUAAUUGUUUUCCACGUACGGGGGGGUUAUUGGUUUCGCGGCUCUCGGACCGGGCUUUCCAGGCCCGAGACCAUGUGUCACAAAAAAAUCGUUUUAAAACUCAAAUCCAUUGUAAUGAGGACAACAAAUAACUUAUUCAGAAGAGUACAUAAUUGCACACAUUUUAAGUGGUGAUUUAUUCAGUUUGAACGAAAGUGUAAUAUUUUGGAGAUUUUUCAUUGUUUUCAAUAUUUUGAACGUUUUCGUUCAACGAAAAAAUGGCAAAUUUCAAAGCCCCAAAUCGUUGACUGGUACCUCGAUUUCAGUAACGAGUCUUAUACCACGUUAAAGAGUGUUAUCUCUUCUUUUAAAAUCUGUUUUCAAAACUACGGGCAACUGAAAAGAAAAUUUUUGAGGCCAAAAAAUACAAGUAGUACUUUUCUGAAAUUUGAUCUUUCCAGACUCAGCGGGCCGACACUAAAAACUCGGAAAAAUACAAUAAGAAAUCAGUUUGAGCAACAGUGGUUUAAUGUUAUCAGCUUUCAGAAACCAAGACGUGUUUAUACAGCGACCUGAUAUAAAUUAAUGCCGUUUGCUAUCUAGCCUCCCACGCAGGCGUUUUUAGGGGAGCUCGUAUUUCUUCCCUCCCUACAAACGCUAGGCUCGAUUUCCGCUGUCUCCCGGGUCCGGUCUUUGAUCCUCCCCGAAAAGAGACGGCUGGACGCGUGACCCGUUGACCUUGUCUGUGACGUAAUUGAAAAAUUGAUAAUUUAGGCGUCUCCGAUGUCACUGGAAGUGAAACCGGUCUUCAAGUUUUUUAUUUAUUUGGCUCAAAAUUGCAUCAAGCUCUCCCUUACCCACCCAAAUGACUUUCGAAAUAGUUUUUCGGUACAUUUCCAUACAUUGUGAAAAAGAUUCUUCGGUACAUUUCUGUACAGGGCGACAUGUAGUUAAUUUUCUCUGAUCUUCGAAUAUUGGAUUUCGUCUUCUGUGGGUCCCAACUGACUGAUUCUCGGAAGCGGAACAAAUUAAAUGGAAAAGUUUCUGAUUUACCAGACAGAAUUUCCAUCGUAUUGAAUGUUCCUCUGUCAAAUAUAAACAUCGACGGUUACAUCUAACGAACGCAGUUAUCGACACCUAAAGCGUCUUGAAAAGAUCCUUGAAGAUGCAAAAUCUCUCCAACCACAAUCAUUCACAACAAACAAUCGAACAAAACGUUGUGUUCCUUCGGACUCUAGAAUUUCGCCUGGUGUCUCCGCGUCGUCGAAAUCGCUUCGCCAUGCGAUGGAUCUUGGAAGGACAGGAAGGACUUUUUGUUUUGAUGUGAUAAUUUCUGCGACAAUCUUUGCCAGACGAAAAUCUGCAGGCGGUAACAUGAUUGGCUUAAACUAACAAAGGAAAAUGCACGCGUCCAGCCGCUCUUUCGGGGGGAUGAGUGCGGGCUCAUUUUCCCGAACAGCGGCUGGUAAUCGAGCCUAUACAAACGCCUGCUCAACGGAAAACAACAUUCCUUUCUCAUUGUUUUAUUUGGGUGGUAGGUGACCAAUCAACAAUUGUGCAAUGAAGUGUUGACAGGCUAAACACGACUGAACGUGACCUUAGAGUUACCGUUUUGCUUCCUUUCUUUCCUUCGCUAAGGUUAUGCAGUGCACGGAGUAUUCUGAAUUUUGACUAAAACUUAUUUUUGCCGCUCUGAAUCUAACAUUUAUUGCAGGUCAGAAAGCUUUCCCAGUGUUUAAUGCAGAUCGAGUAAUUAUCAGAUUACCUUGCGGUCAAGGUCAACUUUCCAGAAUUUGGAAAGUACAAUGUGAUUGGCUAAGCUUGGGAAAGGAAUGUUGUUUUCCGUUGAGCAGGCGUUUGUGGGGAGGGAAGAAUACGAGCUCCCCUAAAAACGCCUGCGUGGGAGGCUAUUUGCUAUCAAGAAAGGCAGAUUUAAGCUGUCAACUCCUGCCAAGUGCACCAGUCACGGGAGGGCAAAGCACUAAUAUUAAAAAGUCUUAAAAUUCAAAACGUUUUACGUCCAUGAAAUCAGAUUUUAGCGUACAAAACAAUGUUGUGAAUGUCUGUUGUUCGUACCUUAGCAUGGUGUUUCCAUAUAUUGGAAAUGUCAAGCAUCCACACGGAAGAACAUACCAAACAACAACGUUUUAAAUCCAAGCGCCGAAACAUCGUAAACGGCAAAGAUUGCGUUACAUUUCACAGAGCGACCGCUUACCACUGUUGUCACUCCUUUUUUCGCUGGAAGCUACGAGGAGUUUUCAUUCCGUCAUGAUUCUUGAUCAGCACUUCCUUGAAAGUACGACCCCGGACGGAUGAUAACUGAGGACGUUUCGUCAAGACUCCUGUUGUUCAGUUUCAGGUUUUAGCAGGUGCGUAGUCAGGAUUUUUCCGGAGGUACGCCCAACUUUUUUCUACAUCGUCUCCCCCUUCCCCCCCCAAAUCUCAACAUUUUAUUAAGGGGUUAACGGUUGUAAGCAAAAGCAUUUUUGCUGUUUAUGAAAUGACCCAACCUCUAAAAUUCUUUAAUUCUGUCGGCUUGUUAUUUUCAUUGACGUCAACCGUUUAUCAUUAAUUCAGCUCUUAAAAGAGGGUCUCAAUGGGGUUGUGGCAUUUACGGUUAUCGGCUAAAAUUUUGGCUCUUUUACGGCUAUCGGCUAAUUUUUUUCAGUUACGGUUAACAAAAGAAGUUAAAAAUUAACUUCUUUUGUUUCAAAAAGUUAAAUAUUAAUUAACCUGUAUUUUUUGUACCUUUAAAGCAAAAUAAAGGUCUUAAGAUCAUCUCGAGAUGUGAAAUAAGCUAUUCUUUUGAAAAAUUUUAACAUUUGAUAGAUCAUACUUUUUAUAAAGUAUUCCAUUUUUAAUAUUAUUUUACACAUAGAAAUGUCAAUAGUCAAUUUAAAAAUAAUCUUUGUGAAAAAGCAAAGCACACACGUGAACGUCCAACUCAAGGUCGGGACGCGACAUUCAUUACAACAGAAAUGGCCGUUUUCACAUUGGAGACGGAUUAUUCGUGUGAGACGGGUUAUCCGUUUGAUGAUUCGCGUCAGACAGGUAAUACGUCUUAAUUUGAAAAUGGAAUCGUUUUAAUUUUGAAUGAACAAUCCGCCUGACUUUAUCCUUCAAUUUCGACGGACAGUUUGAAGACGGGAUUAUCCGUUCCAGAUAGCCUGUGUACAGCCGCCCUCUCCCCUCAGAAAAAAAUCGGAGAAGGAGGUCCGUUGGGAAGGGGGCGGCUGUACACAGGCUAGUCUCAGACGGAUAAUCCGUUUCUAGCUCCAGUGUGAAAACGGCCAAUAACAAAAUUCCCGUGUCCAGUGUUUUUAAUGAUAGCGAAGGACUGUACGGAACCACUGUCAGCCGUUGCCUUGUCCGUAGGCCUCAUUAUUUCGCGCGGCUAAUGCGUUUCGGGUCACAUGGUCCAAGCGAGUUCGCCACCGAAAUGCCUUGACCGAGAUUGCGUGGGAAGACGCCGUACAGGGACUAGGCAUGGCAAUGUCUACCGUAGCGUCAGAGAAAAACAGGGAAAUGUUGUUUAUCGGCAACUUGUUUUACAAACAGUGACAUCUCUGCGUGUUGUUUCACUAGUGUUUCGAGGGCACGACCUCCUGAAAAUCGCAAAUAUUAAUCCCCAGCAAGAAGCCACACUUUCGCUAUGGAAAAAAAAUUAGUUCCCCGAGGGAGCGGCGGAAAUGGAACCAGGGUCUUGGUCAACACCUAAAAGACGAUUUACCUAACGUGCGUACGGAGCCACAGUAGCAGGGAAAUAAAAAACGCAACCAUAAGUGAGUUUAGUACCUUCCUUAAAAGUAGCAAAUCUAGGGAACAAUUUCUUUUACGGUUAACUCUUUUUACCCUAUUUACGGCUAACGGUUAAAAUUUUUCAAUUUUUACGGCUGUCGACUAAAUUUUUGGCCGUUUUACGACUAUCGGUUAACCCCAUUGAGACCCUCUUAAAAAUCAAGCUUAUAGUACCUCCGACUUUAGUACACAAAUGACUCUUUUUACUCCUUUUUGUCACAUUAUUUUUGACCGACAAAAACACCACACAUUGACGUAAUUGUGCCCUACUUCGUCUACUCCGAAGACAGGUCAUGGAGAAAACAACGCGUUCACGCUUUACAUCAUCAAGCUUGCUAUAUAAAUAAAUCACCCAAGAUUCGGUUCUCCAAUUUAUGUCGUCGCUUCUCUGUAAACCGAUUUUUUUAGUUAUGUUUAUUUCAUUCUAUUUUUUCUCCUCAACGUUUUCGGGUACGUACGUGCGAACCGUGGGUACAAGUAGCUACGCCCCUGUUUAGUCUCCUUAGCCCUGAGCGUUCCUCUCUUGCCUCUCUUGCGGUUUUCGCAGGAGUUCAGGAUGUGGUCCACCCAGUAUUUCACGUCUCUAUUAAAUGACAGGCAGCACUUCUUGUUUACCGUUUCGUUAUCGGAAAGCGCUUAGACUCUUAGCCUUUCAUUUAAUUUUGAUCAAAUUUUUAUCAUUUAGUUACUCAGUAUACGUUCGAUCCUGUCCUUGUAAACUUAUACUUUUAUACUUUAAGGGAGCUUAAUACUUAUAUUAAUUUUUUCUUCGUUUAGUGUUGUCCAACAGACCCAGUUUUUUGGCAUUUUUUUAAAAAGCAAGAAAAAGAAACGACAAGGUUUAUUUUUUUUUUGGACUUAAAUUAAUUCUUUUAAUCUAAAAAAUGAGCAUUAUAACAGCAUUUUCAGGCAUAAAACGUUCGGUGGUGUAUCCUUUUUGCUUUUUAGCCUUUUGGGCCUUUUUUUUAUGAAAUUGACCAUCACAUUUUCCGCCAUAUUGAGUUUGUGUCGAUUUGGUGACCAUGUCUUGUUGUUUUCAGGCUCCACGGCAAUGAUGCUGGUGUUUCAUGCCUCCUGUUCUCAGAUUUCUUGUGAUUUUUUUUCACCCCACCGACCGAUCCACCCAAAACCAGGAAACCUAUUCGACGCUAAACAAACGAAAAGGGGAUGACCUAAGCCUUAUGGUUUCUUUUUGGGCUUCCUCACCACAUUGCUUCUGCGUAUUUCUGUAUACUUGUCUUUUGCUUUGUUUUGUUUUUUUUUUGUCGGUAAAAUAAACUGAAACUGUACAAAGACCCUCAAUAUUCGCUUUGGAGGUUCUCGAACGCGCAUAAAAAAGAAAAUGAAAAACGCGAUAAUUUAUUGACCGCAAGGGCAAUGGGGUGGGGUUAGGGCUCGUUACUGCGCUCCGGUUCACUCGUGCGCUGUCAAAUGGUCGCGAUAUACAAAAUGAAAAAUGACUGCGGACAAACUAUUCACGUCUAGACAUCAAGCAUCUUUUAAGAUAGGACUUAUCGCCUCUCCCUGUUCAUGGAGUUGAUUCGAGGUGUUGACGUCAAUCUCGUGAUGCCCUGCAUGUUGCCGGGACAUGUUUCAAAAGGGCCUUUCCACAGCUACGGAGUCCGCCGUCACCUUGACAACCGUGCGAGUAAUGAUGUACUUCACAAAAACAAAGAGAAGUUAUUUUUGAUUUGCCACGCCCCCUACCCCCGAAAGUCUCCGACAGGACCGCUUCAAAGUACUCCCCAAAUGGCUGGACUUGUUCCUGUGAGCUCCUGUGGUUGCGCGGGGGAUAGUAACAGGUCUAACUAAUUGCACCGUGCAUCAAUGACAGUUUAGCUCAGUCAGAAGCCCCUUUUCCCUGGCUAGGUCAAGGUGUGUGCACCUCCUUUAAGCUGUUUUUUCCGGUUCUUACUGAAAUUUUUGAUCUUGAGGAAAUUCUCAACGACAGGAGCAGGUUAUGGGCUUUUUUCCUACCCCAAAUCCUACAUCACGGGAAAUUGAGAAAUCCCUCAGGUUAGGCAAGAAUUCGAUAAUCCUUCCAUAAUCAUCCAUUUUUUCACCGCGUGAAUUGGGUAUUUUUUAGCUUAUUUCGAGGAAAUACGUUGUGCUUUUUGAAGUUUAUUAUUGUGCUUUGCCCUUUGACAACCUUACGUGACUCGUGCGUUUGGUAGCAGAAGAUGGCUAAACUCUGCUUUUCUUGUUGGAAAACAGCUUUAAAUUUUAUCAGAUCGCUCGAUAAACACGUGUUGGUUUCUGAUAGCUGAUAACGUUAAACCACUGUUGCUCAAACUGAUUUCUUAUUGCAUUUGUCUGAGCUAUUAGCAUCGGCCCGCUGAGUCUGCAAAGCUCAAAUUUCAGAAAAGUACUACUUGUAUUUUUUGGCCUCAAAAAUUUUCUUUUCAGUUGCCCAUAGUUUUGAAAACAGAUUUUAAAAGAAGAGAUAACACUCUUUAACGUGGUAUAAGACUCGUUACUGAAAUCGAGGUACCAGUCGACGAUUUGGGGCUUGGAAAUUUGCCAUUUUUUCGUUGAACGAAAACGUUCAAAAUAUUGAAAACAAUGAAAAAUCUCCAAAAUAUUACACUUUCGUUCAAACUGAAUAAAUCACCACUUAAAAUGUGUGCAAUUAUGUACUCUUCUGAAUAAGUUAUUUGUUGUCCUUAUUACAAUGGAUUUGAAUCUUAAAACGAUUUCUUUGGGACACAUGGUCUCGGGCCUGGAAAGCCCGGUCCGAGAGCCGCGAAACCAAUAACCCCCCCGUACGUGGAAAAUAAUUAUCGGAUCGAAGUAAAAAUUACAUUUAUGUUAAUAGCUUACCCAGUGCUACUUUGUGAAUUUUUUUGAGAAUUUUCGAUUUUUCACUUUUGUAGACCUCUGGUCGAUAUUUACUGACAUCCGCUCUUAAGGGAGAUAUUUUAUAGCACUUUGAUUUUUCAGCAAAGAAGUAUGAUUUGUAUUGGCCCGCCAUGUUGGAGGGCAUACUUUUGCCCUCCAACAUGGCGGCCAAAACUACUACUUGCUUAUAUCUUGUUUAACGUUUCAUAGUUACGCUCAGAUGUGCUGUAAACGUUAUCACAUCAUCUUUUCAACAUUUUCCUUGAAGUUAAAGUGCAAAAUUUGUGUUCAGAGAGAGGUAAUUCAUAAUUUUAAAAAUCACAUUUUUUGGUCACGUGACCAUUUACGAACUUAUUCAUUUUAAGAAAAUGGUGCGGGCUUGAAAAACCAAAUGACUAUUAUUUUGUUUAAGACAUGACCCACUAAUCGUUUUUCGAAGGCAAAAUCAUGUAACUUUCAUUUUCAUAAAAACGAUGUCACAUACCUGUUAGUGCAAAUGGCCUAUUGCACCCAACAAGACAGAAGGCAAAACCACGAAGCACAUGGCAAGUAAAACUACUUUUACAACUGAUAAUAUUUCGACAAGGCGAGCAACACUGUCGCUGUCGAUCACUCACCUUCGCGUCGACGAUAAUUCCCAACUGUGAAAAACAUGAGUUUCGAAACACAGCAGACAUUUUUUUCGUUCCCAAUAGGGAAUCAAUGUUGGCCUCAUUUGUGUCUCGUAAGACAUUUUUGGCUUGUUCCCAAAAGCGAAAAAAGUGCGUUUUGAAGGACUUUUCUGUUCACCACGAUAGUCGACGAUAACAACAACGAGAAUCGGUGUCGGCAGUGUCCGUCAAAAUCCCGAUCUUUCCGAAGGUUAGGACUACUUACACUCAUUCUAACAAAGUGCCAGCAUAGCGCCUACUACUUCUUCGAGUAGUAGCCACAAAAAGGAGCUUAACAGGUUCUUGUAUAGAUGGGUUUUAGCCUAACAGGUUCUUAAAAACAAGGUUCUUAGUCGCGGGUUUUUACUGUAUCCCACUACCCUUUCCGUGAAAUUUUCUCAUUAUAACACUAAAUUACUAACAGCAUCUUUUUCCCACUACCAUGGAGACCGAAACAGGAACAGCUGAAAACUAAUAAAUAUAUUUGUUUUAGGAGCGGAUGUUAUUUCCACGGUUGGUCGAUAAUUUUUUAGUAAUUUUAGCUAAUUUUAAGACUAGAGAAUGAUUUGAUUGAUCGAGGUCAGUGACUAUUCAAUUCCUUUGCAAUGAUUCAAUCACGUUCCCGUCGAUAUGAUCAAGUUUCUAUUUUGCGUACAUUUAUAUCAAGUUUUUUUUUACCCAGAACAAAUAAACAAACAAGUGUUUCACUGUAGGUCACAGAACGCCGAAUUCACUGGAAACUCAAAAGUUGUCGACAUAGAAAUUAUGAUUAGUAAUUCACUUGAGGUACAAUCAUUAAAGUGUAGCGAGGAUCGUUUACUGCUAUCUCACUUAGGGAUUUAAGAUCAACAUUCAUUAAUAUAACUGGCGCUAGAUAUCAAAGAAGCCAUCAAGGCGAAUGAAAAUUACGGAUAUGAUGAUCUGUGCCUGUUAAGUCUUCCGCUUUUUUUCGACUUAGUGGGCUUACAUAUUAAGAGCCUCUUAAGUUAAUUGUUUGUUUCUUCAGACUACUAGCAAACACAAGUUUAAUUUAUUUUUUCCGAUUAAUCUUCUCUUAUGUGCCCGAAGUCUGAUAACAUUGAUUUAACCCGGCUUAUAAGCUGGGUCUUGAAGCCAACCUCCUUUUACUGAAGCACAAAGUUAUGAAGCAAAAGCAAAAUUUAUGCCUUUUGAGGGGAGAAGUUACACAGUAAAUAGGGCUAUGUAUGAAGUCAUAAGCUACGGCUGUGGAUACACUGGAA